UUAUGUCCCCUUUGUCAGAUAUAUAAGAAUAUAACUAUAUAAAGUAUAGUUUUCUGAACAUUCUUGUUGGUUAUAUUCAAAUCUGAAAACACCUUAAGUUUUUUGUGUACUGUCAUUGCCUUCAGAAAGAAAAGAGAGGAUGGUGAGAGUACAUACCAAAAUUCCGGGAUCUUGCUUUAAAAUAAGUAAAGCUCGGAUUCGUUCACCACCGCUGCAAUCCAAUCCAGCUUAUAAUUCUAUUAAAAGUGGCAAGAGUGAGUACUUCGAAAAUGAGUGUGGAUCGAGCUUCAGCAGUGAAGAAAGCUCUGAAAAGGGUGAGCCAAAGGAGGGAAACAGAAUCAUGAUCGUUGUAGAUGCAACCUUACAGGCUAAGGGUGCUCUUCAAUGGGCAUUAUCCCAUACUGUUCAAAAGGAGGACACUGUUAUUCUUCUUCAUUUAGCCAAGCCAACAAAAUGCGAUUCACAUACUGAGAGUGAAAUUGAUCCAAAAGCUUAUGGACUUCUUUACUCUCUGAGAAGCGUCUGCCAAUCCAGAAGACCUGGGGUACAGGUGGAAAUAGUAGCACUUGCAGGGAAGGAGAAAGGUCCAACAAUAGUGAGCCAAGCAAAGGAACAUAAGGCAUCAUUACUGGUACUAGGCCAUAGAAAACGAUCAAAGGCAUGGAGAUUUUGGAUGAGAUGGACAGGAAGAAAAAGAAGCGUUGUGGAUUACUGCAUCCAAAAUGCCGAUUGCAUGACAGUUGCUGUAAGGAGGAAGAGCAAAAAACUAGGUGGCUAUUUGAUUACCACUAAGCGUCAUAAGAAUUUCUGGCUCUUGGCCUAGCUUUCUUAUUUAAAAACAGUAGGCUCAAUGAAGGUUUGGCCUCCAUUAAAGGGGGUUUGGUGUUCAUAAAUCAUUUUAUAAUUGUAAAUCUGAAAAUUUCAUCCAUAGUCACUCUAUUCAAAAGUGAAUGUCUCACUUUCAAGGCUCAGGUC